CUCGGCCUCGCCAGCACGACAAGAUGCGGCCACUCCUCGCCCUACUCUGCGCCCAAGCUUCGGCCGCUGCGCUGCACCCCUCGCCACGCCCACACGCCGCUCGGUGCUGCCACCGCGCUCGUGUCGCCGCCACCGCCGCAGCCGCUCCCGAGACUUGUGAGGUGCUCGAGGCAAACCUGCUUCGGCUUUGCGCCUUGACGGAUCGCGGCCAGCGCGCGUCGCCGGAGCAGGAGUCAGAGCUUCGCGCGGCGAUCGCGGCGCUCGAGGCGGUCGCGCCGCCGGCCGACGCCCUCGACAUCAACGGAGAGUGGAGGCUGCUGGCAGCGUGCGGCGAAACUGCCUACCGCUCCUCGCCCUUCUUCUGGGCCUUUCGCCAGGCGACCGCCCGCUGGACGAGUCCGGUCGGGCUGAAGGGCGCGGCUGCUGGCGGGCCGCUCGCCUCCGCGGUGCUCGCCGUGACGGACAACAUUCCGUUCUACGACAUCGGGUCGGUGGUGCAGCGGAUCGGCGGCGUCUGCUCCGAGGAGCGGGGCUGCCCCGUGCCCGAGAAGGACGCAGACGGCUCAAGCGACGGCGCGAGCAGCGAGGCGGAGCCCUCGGACGGGACCUCGGCGCCGAUCCCCGACGGCGCGGGCACGCUCGAGUCGCAGGUCGAGCUCAUCGUCGGCCGCAACUUUGGCUUGCCGGAGGCGAAGUCGCUGAUGACGACCACCGCGAGCGUGCGGCCGCUCCCUCCCUCGGGCAGCAUUCUAGAGGUGGAGCUGCGGGUCGAGCGCACGUCGGCCGAGCAGAGCAGCAUCGAGGCGCUCCUGCCCGGCUUUGGCGAC